AUGGCCCAACACCACUCUUUCGACUACGAGCCUGUCGGCCGCUUCGCAGGUGCAAGCGCGGCAAUACGGCGACCAAGAGAAAUUGCCUAUUUCUCCUACGAUGAGGACCAUAAAUUCAGACUCGACGCAUCUAGCCUCCGCUACUACUACCCUCCGACCUUGCCAUGCGAUCUCAGCAAAGGUUUCGAUUCAUUUAGACAGCUAGACGAUACGGCGGAUGACCAUCUUGACGGACUGCUAGAGGCCAUUAUUGCUUAUGAGAAAGAGAAGUCAGCAAAGACAGAGAUCGACAUUGUAACAUGGCGUGGCAUGAUGACCAAGAUCCUGGUUGUGCCCUACUCCAAGCUAGACGAUUGGGAAAUGAAUGCUACGCUUUUCCAGGGCACGAUCUUCAUUGAAGAGAACCAUACAAAGAAGCUUUCUUCGCGACAGGAACAGUUCACCCCGGCUGCCCGGCCAAACAACACGUCCCAAGAUAUUAUGAGUUUCUGGGGUUACAAGUUUGAAACUAUAUCUCUUCUCCCGGAGCCCUGGUCUGUUGUCUCGCGAGAGGAGAUCGAAUCACGCGAAGAUCAGGUAGUGAGUAACUACGCUCAGUAUUGCUCCGUUGUCCGCACCGGCCUUGGCAAGGUGAAGAUCAUCAUUGGAGGAGAAGUUGAUGCCGUGCUGGACUAUAAGCCAGAGGACAAGUCUCAGCCCAUCAAUUGGGUCGAAUUAAAGACCACUGCCGCUGUUGUCAAUGAACGAGAACAGGUCAAGUUCGAGCGAAAGCUCUUGAAGUUCUGGGCUCAAUCAUUCUUGCUGGGUGUUCCCAAGAUUGUUGUCGGGUAUCGAUCGCCGCAAGGUGUCUUGGAGCGUCUCGAGGAGCUUGAGACACAAACUAUCCCGGAUAAAGUGCGUCAGAAGGGGAAGUAUCUAUGGGAUGGCCAGAUCUGCAUCAACUUUGCUGCCAGCUUUUUGGAAUGGCUGAAGGGUGUCAUCACCGAAGAUGGUGUGUGGCGCAUUCGCAAGCGUGAGAAGGUUCCAGUAAUAGAAGUCUUCAAGGUCGAGGAGACUGGCCAUGGAGACAUUCUGUCGUCCGCCUUUGUCGAGUGGCGAACAAGCGGCCUUGCGGCUCAUCAGAGCAACUCUUCGCACGGUGCAAAUACCACUAAUAGGCCCAUCGAAAACCCCGAGCCCCGAUGA